AUGGCGUCAGUUGCGGAAGUUUUGAAUGUAAAAGUUGUCGAAAAUAAUGUUAUACAGUGUCAAUCUUGCAAAAAGUGCGUGAAACCUGUUAAAAGUGGCUUCGUGUGUGUCCAGUGUAACUAUAAAUUUCAUUUUCGUUGCGGAAAGGUUGAUCCUUCCCUGAGAAGCGACGAUAACUGUGCGGCUAUGUGGAACUGUGCGGAUUGUAAACAAAAGGCUGCAUCUCUUAAUGAUCAAGAAACGUGUACUUGUGAUGUAGCAAGGAAGACCGACAGUAUAAAAAAGGAAAACCUAUCAUAUCUUAAAAUCAUUGGACUCUUGCAGGAUGAAUUAAAAAAACUGUACGAGAAAUAUGAAGUAAAUCCACACAAGUCAGAGCAAUGGCGUGGUAAAGAUGUGAAAAUUGGUGCUUCAUCUUCCGAAAAUGAUCUGUUGUUAAUUAUUGCUGAGCUACGAGAGGAAACAAAAAUUCUGAGUGAUGAAAACAGAAGACUCAAGCUUAAAUUGGAAGAGAGUGAUCAUCGGCUAUGUCUUAAUAUCUCCAAACCCAUGGAAGGAUUGCCAGAAAGUGAAGCUACGACUAAAACGGCUCUCAACAGGCCUAGCAGUAAAUGGGUUACUGUAAAAUCGAAGAGGAGCUCUUACAAACAUAUUAACAAUAAACAUAGGGAGGACAUUCUGUUACCAUUAAAUAACAAAUAUAAUUCGCUUCAAAACACAGAUGACAUAGAAACUGUAUCAGCAUACUCAUCUGAUAAUGUGGUGCAGGACACUCAAAACUUAGCGAACAGCGAAGUAAGGUACAAGAAAAAACGUAAAAUUAAGAUUUAUUCAGACAGUUAUGCCAGAGGAUUAGUAGCUAUGUUAACGGAACACGGACCUCGUGUGAUUAACGAGUUUGAAAUACAAGGUACUGUUAAGUCAGGAGCUGGUCUACGAGACGUUGCAACAUCAAUCAAGAAAGAAAGCACAGCCCUCGCGGAUAGAGACUUUGUAGUGGGAAGAGUAGGUGGAGAUGAUUUGUUAGUAUUAUUAAUGCAGCAUGUGAAAGAAGUGAGGGAACAUAUGGUACAGAUGAGGCAAGAAGGGAAGGAACAGAUGGGACAGAUUAGGCAAGAAGUGAAGGAACAGAUGGGACAGAUUAGGCAAGAUACUAGUAAUGUAAGGGAAAUUCAGGAUUGUUUGGCAGCACUAAAAAUUACUGUUGAGACAGGGCAGGGUGAACUCAAUACUCAUGUAGGAGCAGUAGAAGGAAGGUUAGAAAUAUUAGAAACUAAUUUCACACAAGAGUUGCCAAAAAACGAGGAGAGAUUCGAAAACUACAUAAGCAUGUAG